UCAUAACUCAUAAAAAAUUCGGGGGAAAAAAAAACUCUCUCUCUAACUAUUUCCAUGGCCUUCGCUAACAGUUUCCUCUCUUCUUCUUCACCCUCUCAAAUUCCUCAUGGAUCUAAAUAUUUCAAUUUUAUUCCUUUAUUCAUUUCUCCUCACGAGCGGUCCGCUUUCACUUUCUCUCCGAUUCGUAACAAAUUUUCCGAGCUUGGAAUUGGAGUAAUCGGUUCCUCGAGGAAAAAGAACAUUUUAUAUGCUUCGGUCAAUGAUUUGAAUGCAUCGGCAAGUUCAGCCUCACUGAAAUCCGAGCAGGAUGCUGAUUCGGUUCCCAUGCCAGUAGUUCUGAUAGAUCAAGAUUCAGAUUCUGACGCAACAAUUGUGCAACUCAGCUUUGGAGAUCGUCUUGGAGCUCUUAUUGAUACGAUGAAUGCCCUGAAAGAUUUGGGAUUGGAUGUGGCAAAGGGAACUGUUCUCACUGAUGGACCAGUCAAACAAACUAAGUUUUUCAUUACACGAUUGGACACUGGUCGCAAGGUUGAAGAUCCAGAUAUGCUAGAGAGAAUUCGACUUACCAUCAUCAACAAUCUUUUGAAGUACCAUCCAGAAUCUAGUGAGCGACUUGCUAUGGGUGAGGCUUUUGGAAUAAAAGCUCCAGAGAAAAAGCUUGAUGUUGAUAUUGCAACUCAUGUGCAUGUCAAAGAAGACGGACCUAAGAGGAGCUUGCUCUGCAUCGAGACAGCAGAUCGACCUGGAUUACUUGUAGAAAUCAUCAAAAUCAUUGCUGAUGUCAAUAUUGAAGUCGAAUCUGCAGAGAUUGAUACAGAGGGACUAGUUGCCAAAGAUAAAUUUCAUGUCAGCUACAGAGGUGCAGCAUUGACCAGCUCCCUGUCUCAGGUCCUAGUGAACUGUUUGCGUUACUUCCUUCGGAGGCCUGAAACAGAUAUUGAUAGUUAUUAGUACCAGAGGUUAACCGCCAUUCUCGAUUGUAGCCCCAAUUUAACGUUUCACGUACCACAUCACCUUUGAGCUCAUGUUUCUUUUACCUGUGAAUUGUAUGUUUCAAGAUAUUAUGUGAUCAUGUUCCAUAACUGCAAGCUGGGAUGUUCUGAAAAGAUGCUUGUAACCAUGCUAUUGUCCACCUUGGAAAAUGGGAUCAAGCCGAUUACUAAAGAAAAAACAUGGAAUGUUGAAACCAAUAAUUCAUGCUCGUUGUUUUGCUC